UGCGGGGAGCGAUGCAUGCCGGGAGCUGUAGUUCCAGGCGUGUGCGGGAGGGGCCAGCUGGGCGAGGAGCGGCGCGCGCAAUGCAGGCUGGGAGUUUUAGUCAUUGUGCGGGCAGGGAGCGCGUGGUGCACGCUGGGAAUCGUAGUUCGCGGUGCACGCCGGGAGGGAGCUGUCGUUGCUAGGGAAGAUGGCGGCCCCCUCACAGCAGCAGCAGCAGCAGCAGCCGCAGCCGGCCCCGUCUCAGGCCCCGCCGCCGCUCACGCUCCAGGCGGCCCGGGGCAGCAGCCCCAGCUGCAGGCCCAGGCGGCCGCGCAGGCGCAGGCGCAGGCCCAGGCCGCCGCCGCCGCGCAGGCGCAGGAUUUCGACCCCGUGCAGCGCUACAAGAUGCUGAUCCCGCAGCUGAAGGAGAGUCUGCAGAACCUGAUGAAAAUCGCGGCUCAGAAUCUCGUCCAGAACACGAACAUCGAUAACGGGCAGAAGAGCAACGAUGGGGUGGUGCAGCGUUUCGACAAGAGCCUGGAGGAGUUCUACGCCCUGUGCGACCAGCUGGAGCUGUGUCUGCGGCUUGCCUACGAAUGCCUGUCCCAGAGCUUCGACAGCACCAAGCAUUCCCCCAACCUGGUGCCGACGGCCACCAAACCCGAUGCGGUGCAGACCGAGAGCCUGCCCUACACCCAAUACCUGAGCAUGAUCAAAUCCCAGAUCUCCUGCGCCAAGGACAUCCACAACGCCCUGCUGGAGUGCUCCAACAAGAUCACCGGCAAGAUCCCCGCCCAAGGGGGGCCGUAGCCCACGGUGCUGGCACAGUUAUUGUUCCUGCUCUGCGACCACCGUGGUUUGAAGGAGACUUGGCUCGUUUCCAGGCCGGCGCUGUGUCAGACGGUGAAACUUUACAAACUUGCACCUGACCCACGGCCUGUCUCAUGUCCUCUGAAUUCCCUGCGUGGGUGGAUGCUCUUGUUCGUAUGGAGAGUGAAACAAAUGUUCCUGCUCUGCUUCUUCCUCCCCUCUCAUUCUCCUCUAACUCCCUCUGGUCUUACUCCUUCCUCCUGCCCGGGCGUGAUCCUCAGCUGUCGUCAGGCCUUCGCCGAGCUCACUGUUGCUACACUCGCCUAUACCACCCGAUGUCUUGGCCCACGUACAUUCAGAACGCAUUAGCCCUCUCACCCGGCACGCGAUCUGCUUGCUGGGUCUGCCAUGCCAGGGCCUAAGCACCCUCCACUCCCCUUUGACCUCAGGAGGGGUCGAGGAGACCCGAGAUUGUGCUGCUAGUGAAGUGAGGAGGAUCAGACAGAAUCUUUCUCUGCCAUCAAAUUAAAACUUCCCCCAACCCCAGGUGAAUGGGCUGGAUUGUAGCUUUCCAGGUUGGUGGGUGUAUUGUUUAUUCUUCUUAAAGAGUAACCAUUUCAGAGAAAUGCCAUUGAGUUAAAACAACCCCAGGUGUUAAUUUCCUCCCGCCAACACACUGCCUUUACCCCAUUGUAACCUUUCUGUCCUUUGAGACAUUUCUCUCCUGACCAGCAUGGAGCGAGAGGGGAGUUGGGCUCCGGCUCAUUUAAAGCUCAUUUAUGAUAAUGCCUGUGACCGUUUAAAACAGAAGGCUGGACCGUGAUUCCAUUCACACCAACACAGAGCAGAAGUAAUGAACAGAAUUAUCUCUGCAUCAGACUGGCAUAAAACCUAGAGGAGAAUCCCUUCCAAAGAGUGAAUUAAAGCAAAACAACUUUGA